UUUCCUUAGACGGUAAAAAUACAACACAAUGGCUCCCCGACAAUCAUAAGAGCCUUUUCGCCGCCCUCUUCUCCCGCAGCUCGACCGAAGUCUUCAACGCGCCGGUUCUAAUUGUUCCCAGAUCAAAAUCCCUCGCUAGGACCGACGGGGUGUUUAAUUCUGGGUAUUAGAAUUUUCACUUUUCUUGUUUAGUUUUGAUUCAAUUUAAGUUCUUUAAGAGAGAGAGAGAGAGAGAGAGAGAGAGAGAGAGAUCAGAGGAGGAGCAAUGGACGGUAUAAUGAACAAGCUUCGGAACCUGGACGCGUACCCAAAAAUCAACGAGGAUUUCUACAGCCGUACCCUCUCCGGUGGCGUUAUCACUCUCGCCUCCUCCAUCGUCAUGCUCUUGCUCUUCAUCUCCGAGCUCCGGUUGUAUCUCCAUGCUGUAACUGAAACAAAGCUUGCCGUAGAUACUUCCAGGGGAGAAACUCUACGUAUCAAUUUCGAUGUCACAUUUCCUGCCCUUCCGUGCUCUAUACUCAGUCUUGAUGCCAUGGACAUCAGUGGAGAGCAACACCUUGAUGUGAAACAUGACAUAAUCAAGAAAAGAUUAGAUUCUCAUGGAAAUGCCAUAGAAUCAAGGCAAGAAGGUAUUGGUGCUCCUAAGAUUGAGAAGCCACUACAAAGACAUGGUGGCCGGCUUGACCAUAAUGAGACAUACUGUGGCUCCUGUUUUGGUGCAGAAAUGUCAGAUGAAGAUUGUUGUAAUUCCUGUGAAGAUGUUCGGGAAGCAUAUCGGAAGAAAGGUUGGGCACUGUCGAACCCUGAUCUGAUUGACCAGUGCAAAAGAGAGGGGUUUUUACAAAGGAUUAAAGAUGAAGAAGGUGAAGGAUGUAAUAUUUAUGGGUUCUUGGAAGUUAAUAAGGUGGCAGGAAAUUUUCAUUUUGCACCUGGAAAAAGCUUUCAGCAAUCAGGUGUUCAUGUACAUGAUCUGCUAGCAUUUCAGAAGGAUAGUUUCAAUAUAAGUCACAAGAUCAAUAGAGUAGCUUUUGGAGACUACUUCCCUGGUGUUGUGAAUCCUCUGGACGGUGUGCAAUGGAUACAACAAACUCCAAGUGGGAUGUAUCAGUAUUUUAUCAAGGUUGUACCUACGGUAUACACAGAUUUGAGUGGGCAUACAAUCCAGUCAAAUCAGUUCUCUGUAACUGAACAUUUUAGGAAUGCAGAACUAGGCCUCCUUCACUCCCUUCCUGGAGUAUUCUUCUUUUAUGAUCUUUCUCCAAUAAAGGUGACUUUCACGGAGGAGCAUAUCUCAUUUUUACACUUCCUAACGAACAUGUGUGCUAUUGUUGGAGGAGUUUUCACUGUUUCAGGAAUAUUAGAUUCAUUUAUAUAUCAUGGUCAAAGGGCGAUCAAGAAGAAGAUGGAAAUUGGUAAAUUUAGUUGAUGAUUGAUCCAGGGUUUGCUUUGCCAGCAAAUGGCAUUAUGGAGAAGAAUCAAAUUAAGAAAAGAGGAACCAUCCAAUGGAUCUCAGCGCUUAUGAUAGCAAUUUGCACUGAACUAUUCUCACUAUAUCUGUUUUGUCACUGGAGGUUGCAUCCCUAUCUGACAUCUCCUCUCUGCCAGUUUUUAUCAGAGUUUGUAACUGCUCUUUUGAAGUGAUUUACUGUUUGAAAGUUUAGUAGGGGCUUUUCAUUUCUUGCCAGGGAAAUAUAACAGAAGUUUCCUAGUGAGACAUCUUGAGGAUAAAGCAACGCUUUUCUGGAAGAUUGUUGUGAAUUAUAUAACAUGUUCCUGAAGGAGAGAGUACAUGCAAGUGAGCAAUAGUUCUUUCCGCUUUAUUGACA